AUGGUGUUACCUGGAUCCCAGUGGCUCCUGUCCGUCUGUCCUCUGUCCUGGUGUUGUGAUGCCGGGGUUCUGAGGAGUGUGGACCCAGAGUCAGAAUCAUCACCAACAAUCUGGUCUGAGGAAGGAAAGAGCUUGAAUACAGAGGAAGUGAUGGUUGAAACGGGUAUGGAGAACAAUGUCUUGAAUGCCACUUCCAAAAUGUGUGAGCCUCUUGCUAAGGAUCCAAAAUUUCAGCAAGGCUACAUUGCUGUUACAUUUUCCACAGGUGUCUACAUCUUGUAA